AUGAGCGUGCCGCCAUCACAAAAUCCGCCUUUCAGCAUCCCUUGGCCUCAAGGCCAGCUCGAACUACGCUUUGAUGCUGGCGUAGAAGCCGCGGUUCCCGAUGUUUCGAGUUCUACAUCAUUAGCCUUGGCACCGAGGGGCGGAACCAAGCACACCUCGCAGGCAUGCACGUCUUGCCGAAAGAGGAGACGUAAGUGCGAUGGCGAUCAAGGCAGGGGCAAGUGCUCAGAAUGCAUCAAGCACAAUUUUGAUUGUGUUUUGGACGCAAACACCGACAGGAGGCGAAAGAUGCAUCGAGAAAAGGCACGGAAAGACCAACAGCUCUUACAUCGAGUACUCAGCACGCUCCGACAGCGUCCGGACGGCAAAGCUGAAGCAUUGAUGAACCUGAUCCGCGAGAACGCGCCAUUAUCCUCCAUCGAAGCACACCUCGGGGCGCCUAUCUCAAGCGGAGAAGAGACUUCAGCUGGCCCAUUUGGUCGUAAGGGCUCAGAUCAAGAUGAUUCGGGGUCCAAUUCGCCGCUGGAACGGCCUGAGGGAAACCAGCGGCCUCAGAUGGCAACCCCCUGGACAUCGAGUUCGCAGGUCCCGUCAUUGAACACUCUCCCCAAUCCCCACAGUAGCCUGCCCUAUGGCUCUGGUCGGCGCGGUGAACCCAAUCAAAUGACGCGACUUCCAUUCGUCCGAACACGGCUUCCAGGUCCCCAGCACCUGGCAUUCUUGAGUGUGGACGCCGCUGCCCUCGCGAGCUCUUCCCAACAGCCAGCAUAUAGUGGUGGACCACCAGGUCAGGACAACUACGUCAAUCCUGGGGCUGUGAGGACUUUUGGCAAUCUACCGAUGUCGAGUGCGAUAUUGGCCAACGGCUGGAACCGAAAUGUCCAACAGCAACAGUUGGAUCUUGUUCGUAAGCCUCAAUAUGCUUGCGAACUAUUGCUGCUGGACGACCAAAUCAAAGGCGAUCCUCUGUCGCAGGCCGCGCUGAGUUUCAGAGAUGAUGCUCGGUCACUCAUAGCGCAAGGGCAUUCUGUCAGGACGAUCCUCAGCAUGGACGGUCUACAUACUGAAGUGUUCUUCCGCGAUCGACUACCGGUAGACGCACAUACCGUGUCGAACUGGGCGUGCGAGUUUACCAAAGCCUGGAGAGGCCUUCUGCCGGCAAAUUGUCUCUAUGCGAGCAUCUGGAUGAUCGGCAGUAUCAUGCGGUGGAUGAUCUUGCCAUGCCAAGACACUUGGAAGCUCAUGCCAGAGAUGAUCAGACCUUUGGUAGAUCAAUUCGCGAUUCCGCACCAGAAACUUUUCGUUGACCUAUGUCAUUUCCCACAGAUCCGGUCGUCACUUCUGAACUACAACCGAGACUUCAUCAAAGUACUGAGAUACGAGACUUUCAAUUGCAACUGGCCUUAUGCAGAUGAAGCUUGUGUGCAGGGGAUUGACGGCGCCGGCCUGGAUGUGAAGAGUGAAUUCACACCUUUAUUUCUCGCUCAUAUUAGCGAGACAAGAAAUUGGUCGUUGCAUAAGGACAUCUUGACCGAGUUUCCUGAAUUGGCAAAUCAGGUGGCGUUCCAUGAGUAA